AACCGAACUUAGCUCUAGCAUAGCUUACACGCAGCACAUUUGUUACUGCCAUAUCUCGAGUGUAUCGUUAGCGAUACUACCAGGUGUGACUCGAGUCGAGCGUCUGUACGAGGGCUGAGAAGUCUGCGCAUCCUCGUCUCGGUGCGCUUUUUCACCGCAUCCACGCAAGCGACCAUUCUCUGGCCGAAGGACAAACCACAUUCGAUAUGGCGGACUAUCUCUUACACGAAGGCCCAAUGGGCUAUUCGAUCUUUAAGGUCGCACAUCAAGUGGACACGGUUGGCAACCGGUUGAAGGAGGUCCAAGACAGCGUCCAAGAUCUCGCACGGUUUGGCAAGAUGGUCGACCUCGUUAGCUUCUUACCAUUUGAGAAUGGAAAACAAGCCCUUGAAGAGCUUCACGACAUCUCUGAAGGCAUCGCGUCUGACUACCUCAAAUCCUUUCUCGAGCUGAAUCUUCCGAAAGCUGGAAAGAAGAACAAAGUUACACUGGGUGUGUCGGACAAGAUCCUAGCAGGAAGCAUCAAGAGCGCCUUUCCAAGUCUCGAAUGCGAGACUGGCGACACUAGCGAGGUGGUUCAAGACAUGCUCAGAGGGCUGAGGAUGCAUUCGGAGAAAUUGCUCAAGCAAUUGCGCGAAGGUGAUACUGCAACUGCUCAGCUUGGUCUCGGUCACGCAUACUCGAGAGCCAAGGUCAAGUUCUCUGUGCAGAAGAACGACAACCACAUCAUUCAGGCCAUUGCCAUCCUGGAUCAACUCGACAAGGCCAUCAACACAUUCUCGAUGCGUGUGCGUGAAUGGUACUCGUGGCACUUCCCGGAGCUAGUAAAGAUCGUCUCAGAAAACAACAAGUAUGCAAAGGUCGCACUCUUCGUCAAGGACAAGAAAACCCUGUCUGAUGAGAGCUUGCAUGAGCUUGCGGCCGUUGUGGAGGACGACGAAGAGAUCGCAAAGAGCAUCAUUGAUGCAGCAAAGACGAGUAUGGGCCAGGAAAUUUCUGUUUCAGAUAUGGAAAACGUCACACUCUUUGCCGAGCGAGUUGUCAGCCUUGCGAAGUAUAGAAAGACGCUUCACAGCUACCUGGUCUCUAAGAUGGGCGUGGUAGCCCCGAACCUGGCAGCUUUGAUUGGAGAGAUUGUUGGGGCACGACUGAUCUCUCACGCUGGUAGUCUCACCAAUCUGUCAAAGUACCCAGCAUCGACCGUUCAGAUUUUGGGCGCCGAGAAAGCUCUCUUCAGAGCCUUGAAGACGAAAGGAAAUACACCCAAAUAUGGCCUGCUGUACCACUCCUCGUUUAUUGGUCGAGCGGGACAGAAGAACAAGGGCAGAAUAUCACGAUUCCUCGCAAACAAAUGCUCAAUUGCCUCCAGGAUCGACAAUUUCUCGGAGUCUCCCAACACACUCUUCGGUCAAGCAUUGAAGAAACAGGUUGAGGAGCGAUUAGAGUUCUACUCCUCGGGAGCACAACCUACGAAGAACGAAGUUGCAAUGAAAAAUGCCAUGGACCAAGUUCUGGCUGACAUGGAUAUUGAUGAGCCUUCCAAGGCCGAUGUAGAGAUGUUUGAUGCGGAGCCAGCUGGCGUACAGAAGCAAGAAAAGAAGCAGAAGGACAAAGAGGCAAAGGAGAAGAAGAAAGAUAAAAAGCGCAAGUCGGAUGGAGCCGAUGUUGUCGUCGAGGAGAAGAAAAAGAAGCGCAAGUCGAUGGACACUGAUGGCGAAGGAGUGGAAAAGAAGAAGAAGAAAUCCAAGUCGGAGUGACGGACGAUUGGUUUUGUUAUGCGCAUGGCGUUGGAGGGAGACUAUUGCUUGCCGCUUCUUGAGGAAAGUUUCAUACUUGAUCGAUUCCAAGGUGUAUGAAUAUGGUCUAUUCAAAAAGCCCAGAGCAUAUCGCUUGCCACUAUGGCUGAUAUUCAGACCGCAUGACUGCUUCAGCAACAUCCCAAAAAUCACUCUGCAACCGUCGC